AUGUGGACCAAUGCUCACACGUCAGCAGACCAGUGCAAUACAAGCCUGGGCUAUGAAUCUGUGCCAUGCACACGUAGUGGCCGAGGGCCCAGAACAGCCUCGCACCCUCCUCUCCCCUCGUUUCCUCUCCGCCCUGGAGGAACGUCAUCGCGGCGCGCCGGAAGGAGACAGUGCGCGCAUGCGCGCGUCUCCCUACUUAGCCCGCCUGCUCGCCCGCGCGCGCCCCCGGCGGUGGCUGAGGGAGGAGGGUGGACGAUGGCGGCCUCCUCGGUGUGGAAAGGGCUGGUUGGGGUCGGACUCUUCGCCCUGGCGCACGCGGCCUUCUCCGCUGCACAGCAUCGUUCUUAUAUGAGGUUAACAGAGAAAGAAGAUGAAACCUUGCCAGUGGAUAUAGUUCUUCAAACACUGUUGGCCUUUGCGGUGACCUGUUAUGGCAUAGUACAUAUUGCAGGAGAAUUUAAAGACAUGGAUGCCACUUCAGAGCUAAAAAAUAAGACAUUUGACACAUUAAGGAACCAUCCAUCCUUUUAUGUAUUUAAUCACCGGGGCCGAGUAUUAUUCCAGUCCCCAGAUACUGUCCAUUCUUCCUCCAAUCAGGAUGCUUUGUCGUCCAGCGCAUCGCUGAAGUUGCGAAAACUUGAACCUCUCCGACGUUAAAAAGAUUUUUACAGAUUCUAAAAAUACAGCAGGACACUGAGCUAUAAUAUUAAAGUUGAGGAUGUAAAACACUUUUUU